CUGACAUAUUCACUGGUGCCAGGGGGAUCUCCAGGGCUGAGGAGACAUGACCACGUUCGACAACCUGCUAGAAGAAGCCGGAAGCUUCGGGCCCUUCCAGAAGACAAUCUUCCUGCUGUUGUGCAUCUGUUCGUCCAUGUUCUCCCCCCUGUACGUGGGGAUUGUGUUUCUGGCCGUCACACCCGAGCACUGGUGCCGCAGCCCCGGGGCGUCUGAGCUGAGGGCCAGCUGCGGAUGGUCGCAGGAGCAGGAGCGCAACUACACCGUGCCGCCCGCUGACAGCCGCUGCCGCCGCUACGAUGUGCAGUGGGAGUGGACGGCAGCCGGCCGCUGUGACAGCCCCCUCUCCUUCCUGCCCAACGCCUCGACUAUGCUGCCCCUCACCUCCUGCCACGACGGCUGGGUGUUCGAGGAGGGCUCGCACCCCAGCAUCGUCACCGAGUUCGGACUUGUGUGUGCAAAUGCCUGGAAGGUGGAUCUAGCCCAAGCUUGCCUGAAUCUGGGAUUUAUGAUUGGAACAAUAUUCUUAGGUUUUGCAGCAGACAUAUAUGGUAGGAAGCUCAGCUUCAUGAUUUCUAACCUUGCGACCUCGGUGGCAGGAGUGGCCGUAGCUUUUGCUCCAAAUUACAUUUGGUUUAUCAUCCUCCGCACCCUGCAAGGACUAUUCAGCAAGGGAGGUUGGCUUGGUGGCUAUGUCUUGAUUUCUGAAAUGGUUGGACUGGAGCACAGACGAACAGUGGGGAUUGCAAUCCAGAUGUGUUUCAGCUUUGGGAUGAUGUUCCUUUCUGCAAUCGCUUACUUUGUUCCCUCCUGGAGGAACCUGCAACUGGUGACCACUGUCCCGAACUUCGUAUUCCUGGUCUACUAUUGGCUGCUGCCAGAGUCUCCCCGGUGGUUACUGUCGAGGAAGAGGAGAGAAGAGGCUGUCAGUAUUCUGCAGAAGAUUGCGAAGAAGAACAAGAAGAGCUUCUCGAUGAAUAUUGAGGCAGUCCACAUCGACAAUUCCGAGGAUGAGUUAAGGAGUCCCUCGAUCACAGACCUGGUGAGAACGCCUCAGAUAAGGAAGCAUACUCUGAUCCUGAUGUACAACUGGUUUGUCAGUGCCAUAGUGUACCUCGGCCUGGUCUUGCGUUUGGGCAUUAUAGAUGGGAACAUCUACCUCAACUUCUUCAUCUCGGGACUUAUUGAGAUCCCUUCAGCCGUCAUCAUCCUGCUGCUCAUCGAUCGAGUGGGCCGUCGCUGGCCCUUUGCAGCGGGCAACCUGUUGGCGGGGGUCACCUGCCUGGUGACCGUCCUCAUCCCUGAUGAUUUCUUCUGGCUGAAAACAAUAAUCACAUCUUUGGGCAAACUUGGAAUUACGAUAGCCUUUUUAAUGGUCUGUUUUGUAAAUACUGAAUUGUACCCAACAUUUUUAAGAAACUUUGCUGUUUCGAUAUGUUCAGCAAUGUGUGACUUUGGAGGGAUAGUGGCUCCCUUUAUCUUGUACAGGCUAGCAGCGCUGUGGACAGAGCUGCCUCUUCUGGUUUUCGGGGUGAUCGCUCUGAUCGCUGGAGGCCUUGUCUUGUGUUUACCCGAAACCAAGGGGGUCAAAUUACCGGAGAGUAUCGAAGAUGCAGAACUCAUGGGACGGAAGACGGAAGCUGUCCCUGCACGAAGCUAUGAGAUGGUGGCUCCAAAUUCUUCAGUAGAAACAAGCAACGAAAAGGAACCUGCCUCAGAGAAAAUCAUCAUAUGACGAGAUUAAAUCAUUCAAAACAAACUCCGAGUAAAUCUAAUCAUCAAUUAUAUUUUAUGGCAUAUCCUCAAAGCUUAGCAGUGACACGCGCUUUUAAAAAUCACUCAAACGUCAGAUUUUUUGUAAUCAGAUAUGUUGGUGAUUCACUAUUUAUGCCACAUUUGUCUGUAAGGAUUAUAAAAAUGAAGCUAUGAACGUUA